CGUCACUAAGGGCCCUGGAGAAGAUCCAAUGUAUCCUUUUCCUAGCUGGAGCCGAGGCGAUGAUUUAGUGAUACACCGAGCGAGCACUCAAGAUUCAUAAGCUACUGGACAGAAAAAUGUAAAAGCCGCCGUCUCGCUUCUAAAAUAUGAGAAGGUGGAAGAUAAAACAAUAUUACAAAACUGAAUAUGGCUACUGCAGGGAUUGAACGUCGUGUGGACAUCAAGAUUGCUUCGUCCUCCGAGGACUUUAUGUGUGGAUGGCUUUACUCGUCUCAGAAAUCCACAGCAUCAAACCCCGGGCCAGCCAUUGUCUUAGCCCACGGCCUGGGUGGAACGAAAGAGCUAAAGCUCGAUGUAUAUGCCGACAGUUUCAAUCAGAUGGGAUACACAUGUGUUGUCUUCGACUACCGUUGCACCGGUGGAUCUGAGGGUCUGCCAAGAGGUCUGAUUGACUGGAAUCAACAGCAAGAGGACUGGAAAUCUGCGAUCAAAUAUACGCGUCAGUUGGAGAACGUCGAUCCGAACCAAGUCGGCCUUUUUGGAACAUCUUUCAGCGGGGGCCAUGUCAUUCAGCUGGCCGCUACUGAUAAGAAACUCAAAGCAGCCGUCUCCCAAUGUCCCUUUACUUCUGGUUGGCAGAGCACUCUUUGUACAGGGAUGGCGGCUGCCCCGAGGCUUGCAGGGCUUGGUCUGUUAGACAUUCUCUUUGGCUCGGACAAAAAGCCAAUAACUGUACCACUGACCGGAAAGCCAGGUGAGGCGGCUCUGAUGAACGCUCCAGAUGUGCUCAGUACAUUUCCGUUACUUAUCCCUGAAGGACAUCCGUUUCAGCAAAAAGUCCCUGCUCGUCUGACUUUGAAGUUUCCUCUCCUGCGACCUGGCUCUUAUGCAUCUAAUAUUGAAUGUCCCAUCCUUUUUGGUAUAUGUGGUAAAGACUCAGUUGCACCCGCAGGCGCAACUUUGGCAUAUGCGAAAACAGCCCCUCAAGGAGUGAUUAAGUGGUAUGACGCUGGCCAUUUUGAAAUCUACUAUGGUGAACCAUUCAAACAAGCUAUACAGGAUUAUAAGCAGUUCCUCCAAGAAUACCUGCCAGUUGAGCGUCAGGGGGAGGCAUAA